GGUCCUAAAACAUGCAGAUAUUCGAAUUUUAGAAAAGAUAAAAUUUUGAUAUUUUUUUCCAUAAAUUUUUAUCAUAAUUUCUAACCUUUUUACCCCCAUGAUAUGCGAAAUUAACAAUUUUACGAAAAAUUACAGAAAUUGUUUUUCUUAAAAUGCUCUAAAUUGAUGGAAAACAUUUGGAAAAAUAAAAUGUCAACAUAAAAUCUUCAAAAAAAGGCAAAAAUGUUCAUCAUAAUUUUUUUACAUCUGACAUUUGAUCUGACUGAAAUGACAUGCUGAAUUAGGAUCUUUUUGAAAACUGAAAAAUAAGUUCUAAAAAUUUCUUUUGAGAAUUUUUUAUUUUUCACUUUUUCAGGAAGUGUUUCAAUCUCAAAAAAAAUCUAUUGCUUCAUAUUUGGAAGCAAAUAUGUAUUUUAUUGUUUUUUGGGAAGUUUUUAUUUCCUGCUGUACACCUUUGCCUCAAUUUUUUCCUGACAACAACUGCACACAUUCUUGCCUGUCAACCCCAUCAAAUAAUAUAUAAUAUUGUUACUGUUAAUGUUUGCCUACAAUAUACUGGCUGUGCCACUUUUUUUUCUAAAUGAAAUAAUAUGAGUUAAAACUCCCCUUAUUCUAGCUUAUGUAUGUAGUAUAUUUAUGCAGCGGUUGGCGCUGUUUAAAAGUGAACUCAAAAGUGUCAUUCAGCAGUGGUAGCUAGACAAACAAAUCAUAGAAACAAGCAGAAACUGUUGCUGCCAGCAUUUUGUCCCUAUGCAUAAAGCAACAAAGCAGCACAGUCAGCAUUAUCCUUUCACAGAGCUGCAGCCGGCCCUCUGGCUGCCCUGGUCAGCAGGAUGCUCCAGUGAAGAAGCUCAAUGCCAGGCCUGGCUCUCCACUCUUCUGCUACAGCCGUGGAUUUUCCAAUGUUUUAUGUGAUCUAAGCCUAAAACACAUACAGGAGCCACAGUGUGAACACACGGCCCAAUCAGAUCUGACUUGUCAUCCAAGUACAGCAACUUCGAUUUGUGAGACGAGUUUUUUUUUGUCUUUGCUUGGUUACUGGUGGUUCUGAGACAUGAAGUUAAUCCUCCAGAGUACUUGUAGAUUAGGUAAAUGUUUAAAAUGUUUAAAAUAGUACAAUAGUAGUAAUAGUACACCGGUACUUUGUACUGAUUUAUGUAUUGUGAAAAUAAAAGAUAAAUCAAUCCCGAGAGCUUUCUUAUAACUCUGAGACAAAGAUUAUCAACAACUCCGCUCUUUUCUUAAAUAUUUCUGUUGAAAACCAUCAUGUGUGAGUACACAUGAGCAAUGGGGGGCAGAGGUCAAUGCAGAAGGGUGAAUUGAUUUUGUUUUGAUUCGUACUAUUGUGUACCGACCCCUCCCCUGUGAUCAGUGGGGCCCCUGUGUUCCGGGGCUGUUAUAAAAAAGACCCCUGAGUUGCCCCUGCUCUGGUAAAGAGGCUUAAUAUCUGUAGGAGAUGCUUGACGUUUGUCCGCCCGUGUUUUACUAACAACCAACAGUGGUCUCACGUAGAUGCACAGAGACUGGCGGCUCGCUCCAGUCGGGAGCAUUCUCUGACAGCAGAUUAUAUUGGAUUUGUUUGCAGCUACAAGUUGAGCAGGAUAUGCGUUCUGACAGUUAGCUUUACAGAAGCUUUCCCUCUCUUAGACUCUUUAGUCACGCUUUAGUCCCGGUCUACGUUGUGCAUCUGAUUUCAGUUAAUAGUUCUUAUUGUUUGGACUCUCUGACACCAUGUGGGAGUUCAGGUCCAUGUCUUUCUGGCGGGCGGUGUUUGCCGAGUUCUACGGCACCAUGUUCUUUGUGUUCUUUGGUCUGGGGGCAGCCCUGCGCUGGACCACUGGACCCUAUAAUGUCCUUCAGAUCGCCUUUUGCUUUGGGCUGGCCGCCGCCACGCUUAUCCAGUCCAUCGGCCACAUCAGUGGAGGACACAUCAACCCUGCCGUGACAUUCGCCUACCUGGUUGGCUCCCAGAUGUCUCUGUUCCGUGCGUUCUUCUACAUCGUAGCCCAGUGUCUCGGUGCACUGGCCGGCGCUGCCGUGCUCUACGGGGUCACACCUGGAAACAUGAGGGGGAACCUGGCGCUCAACACACUGCAGCCGGGCAUCAGUCUGGGCAUGGCCACCACCAUGGAAGUCUUCCUCACCCUGCAGCUCGUUGUCUGCAUCUUUGCUGUAACUGACGAGAGACGGAACGGACGCCUUGGAUCUGCUGCCCUCGCCAUUGGCUUCUCUGUGCUCCUGGGGCAUCUUCUCGGGGUAAGCAGGGGCAACAACAGGUCUUUUGGUCCAGCUGUGAUGAUCAGGAAUUUUGUCAACCACUGGGUGUACUGGGUGGGGCCCAUGAUUGGUGGGGCCAUGGGCGCAGUGCUGUACGACUUCAUACUGUUCCCUCGUAUGCUGGGCCUUUCUGAGAGGCUGGCAGUCCUGAAAGGCAUCAGGCCUCCGGAGGCCGAGGGCCAACAGGAGACCAGGGCAGAGACCAUUGAGCUCAAGACACAAUCUCUAUAAACCUGGAGUAGAAGAAUUAAAAGAAUUUCUGACCCCAUCACGCACCAAUCACUGACAGACCUCCUCCUCAUCGUCCCUUGAUCCACAGUGAAGGGGGGGGGGGGGGCACCACAGCCCUGAACACCUCUGAUGAACUCCCCUGGACUCUAGGACAAGGAUGGAGGGCUAGAAGAAGACUUGAAAUAAGCAGCCUCUGCCCUGAGGUAUGUAGAAUCAGCCAAUCACGAUCGACUGUGGCGACAGGGGCAUCUCUAUCUUCCCUCUUUCUUUUUUUCCCCCUAUUUUGUAGUCAACUAGGAGUGAAGCUACAGUAGAGCAGUGAACAUCUCAUUUUCUGUUACUUUCUUUUACAUGAACAUUGAGUAGAUUUCAUGUGAGUGUUGAACUCUUCCAAUAUUUAUUGCAUCACAUCGCGUCUUUUUCUUGUGAAAGAGAACCAGAAAGUAAGUGUGUAUGCAUGUUUUGUCUGAGUGUGUUAUGCUCCGUUUGAAUCCAUCACAUGAUUUUUACAUUUCUAUUUCUGUGUCACUCGCAUGUGUCACAGAAACCAUGACAGUUGUUGUUGAUUCAUCACAAAAAAACGGAUUUUAGGCAAAAUGCUGCCUUUUCAUCGAUGCUGCGGACGAUUAAUUCACACUUAAAGCUGAGUUAAAUUAAUGCCUCAAAUCAUAAAACAUAAUCCAUUUACUUUAAGCAUUAAACACUCUGUCCUCUGAUGUGACCCACUGCUCCUGAAGUGCAGAAUGUACGAGUUUAUACCCAAAUAUGCUGAACUCCUUCAAUAAAUUUGAAGUAUUUCUGCUUACUGCUUACACCAGCAUUUUCCUUUACCUUUUGUAGAAGUGUGUAAUUGUUGCUUUGCUUUUAAUUAUGAGCUUUCACUUCAAAAAAAGCUCAGGCAAAUCUGGCCAGCUCCACAUUUAAAAAAAUAAAAAUUGAAAAAUGCUAUUCGACAAAUCCCAUGGUCUUUGAGACUCAGUCAGAAAUGAACGGUUCAGAACAGCCGCCUCUCAAGAGAAGGUUGCUGCAGACUUUAAUGUGUUUGUGAAGUACUGUCCACAGAAGGAAAUAAACUCUGGACCUCGGCAUGUGUCUUUCUCACUUCUGCUUCUUUUGUUUCGUUCAUUUUUGUUGAAACUACAUUAAUGAGAACAGAAAACAUAAUGUCCAGAAUGGGGCUGUCGAAAUGACAAUGAUUGAUAAAUUACAGGAGUUAAACUAAUGAAGGUAGGAUUUAGUUUGAUUUAUUUAAUCUGCUGGAUUGACUGCCAUAAUAUAUAAACAGCAUUAUUAUGAAAAAAAAUUGCAAUAAUUCUCCAAAAAACAGAAUUCAACAGAGAAUAACCUGAAACAGCUCAGCACAGAA